CAGCAGCAGCCAGAACAGCGCAUGGGAGAGAAACCAUUCAGAAGUUGUGUGGACACGGCCUCUUUCGUGAAGAGCUGUGGAUUCCAUGAUUCAGGAAAGCCCUUUACCUGUGGAGAGAUUGAGAAAGGCUUCCUGCCUGGCUUGGAGCAUCUGCAGCAAGGGGCCACUCAUACUGCGGAAAAGCCAAACAGAAUCACCCAGUGCAGGGUAACUUUACAGAGCAGAAAAAGUCCUUACACCUGGGGAGACUACAAGAAAGUCUUUGGUCCCAAACACACGCUUUCUCAGGACCAGUGUUUUGUGUGCAGUGAAUGUGGAAAAACAUUCAGGUACAAAUCUUCAUUUGCUAUCCACCAGAGAUUCCAUACUGGAAAAAGUCAUCUUGAGUUUGGUGAAUGUGGAAAAUCCCUUCGGCAAAGCUCAACCCUCAGUCAACAUGGAAAGACUCACUCCGGAUCCAGGCAACACAAGUGCAGCAAAUGUGGGAAAUCCUUAAGCCACAAAUCCGUCCUCAUUCGUCCCCAGCGAUGGCACAGUGGAGAAAACAGUUAUGUAUGUGGUGAAUGUGCAAAAGCUUUUAGUCAGAGUUCAGUGUUGAUUCCAUGUAGCGUUCAAACUGGAGAGAGGCCUUAUAAGUGUGGGGACUGUGCAAAAUCUUUUACCUCUAUCUCUGCCCUCAGUUAUCAUCAGAGAUCUCACACAGGGGAAAGGCCUUAUGAGUGCAGUGAAUGUGGGAAGUCUUUUAUCUCUAGGUCUGACCUCCGUUAUCAUCAGAGAGUUCAUUCUGGAGAAAGGCCUUAUGAGUGCAGUGAGUGUGGAAAAUCCUUUAUCACUCGUACUGCUCUCCGUUAUCACCACAGAGUUCACACCGGAGAGAGGCCUUAUGAGUGCAGUGAAUGUGGCAAGUCCUUUACUCGAAGAAAUAACCUAAUUAUACACCUAAGAGUUCACUCAGGUGAAAGACCUUAUGAGUGUAGUGAAUGUGGGAAAUCUUUUACCUUCAGCUCCAGCCUGCGUUACCACCACAGAGUUCACACUGGAGAAAGACCUUAUGAGUGUAGUGAAUGUGGGAAAUCUUUUAACAAUAGGUGGACACUUAUUCGACACCGGAGAAUUCACACAGGAGAAAAGCCUUAUGUGUGCAAUAAAUGUGGGAAAUCUUUUACCUGUAGCUCCACCCUCCAAUAUCAUCACCGAGGUCACCUCGGAGAGAGGCCUUAUGAGUGCAGUGAAUGUGGGAGAUCUUUUACUACUAGUUCUGCCCUCCGUUAUCACCAGAGAGUUCACACUGGAGAAAGGCCUUAUGAGUGCAACGAAUGUGGGAAAUCUUUUAUUUCUAGGUCUGACCUCCAUUAUCAUCAUAGAGUUCAUUCUGGAGAAAGGCCUUAUGAGUGUAGUGAAUGUGGGAAAUCCUUUAUUCGAAGAAAUAACCUUAUUUUACAUCAGAGAGUUCACACAGGAGAAAGGCCUUACAAGUGUAGCGAAUGUGGGAAAUCUUUUAAUAAUAGGUGGACUCUGAUUCAACACCAGAGAGUUCACACAGGGGAAAAACCAUAUGUGUGCAACGAAUGUGGGAAAUCUUUUACCUGUAGCUCCACACUCUGUUACCACCAAAGAGUUCAUGAAGGUAAAAGGCCAUAUGAGUGCAGUGAAUGUGGGAAAUCUUUUACCUCCAGUUCUACCCUCCGUUACCAUCAGAGAGUUCACACAGGAGAGAGGCCUUACAAGUGCAGUGAAUGUGGGAAAUCUUUUACCUUUAGUGCCAGCCUUCGUUAUCAUCACCGAGUGCACAGUGGAGAAAGGCCUUAUGAGUGCAGUGAGUGUGGAAAAUCCUUUAAGGAUAGAUCACAAUUCAAUAAACACCGGAGAACUCACACGGGAGAAAGGCCUUAUGAGUGCAGUGAAUGUGGGAAGACUUUUAGCCAAAAAUCUUCCCUGUCAAUACACCAGAGAAUUCAUAACAGUGAACGGUCUUAUGAGUGUAGUGCUUGCGGAAAGUCUUUUACAUCUAUUUCUGGCCUUGGUUAUCAUCAUAGAGUCCAUAGAGGAGAAAAGCCUUAUCAGUGCAGUGAGUGUGGGAAAUCUUUUACCAACAGCUCUAUACUGAUUCGACACCAGAGGGUUCACACUGGAGAAAGACCUUAUGUGUGCAGUGAGUGUGGGAAAUCUUUUACUAGUAGCGCUACCCUCUCUUAUCAUCAGAGAGUUCAUGCAGGUAAAAGGCCUUAUGAGUGCAGUGAAUGUGGGAAAUCUUUUACUUCCAGUUCCACUCUUCGUUACCAUCAGAGAGUUCAUGCAGGAGACAGGCCUUAUGGGUGUAGUGAAUGUGGGAAAUCUUUUAUCUCUAGCUCCAAGCUACGUUAUCAUCAGAGAGUUCACACUGGAGAAAGGCCAUACGAGUGCAGCGAAUGUGGAAAAUCCUUCAGGGAUAGUUCCCAGUUCAGUCAACACCGGAGAGGUCACACUGGAGAAAGACCUUAUGCCUGCAGCGAAUGUGGGAAAUUUUUUACACGAAAAUCUACACUCUCUCAACAUCAGAGAGUUCAUGCUAGAGAACGGCCUUAGGUGUGAAGGGAAUGUGUAAUUUCCUAUCCACUGUAACAACACUGGAGGGAACUCUGAGGAAUCCUCUAUCUGGACUGAAUCUCACACAUGUAAACAUGCACAGUGGGGAGAUCCCUUGUAAGUUUCAGUGAUAUAGUAAGCUGUGUAAAUAUGUUGCACUUUCCAUACUAUCCAGGGCUAUUUUCAGAUUUAGGUCAUGGCUAGGUCUUGUGUCCAAAGCCUUUUCACCUCUGCUACCUGGCAGGUCCACAAAGUAUGCAUCAGAUUGCCACCACGGUGUGUUCCGGAACCGAAGGUCAGCUUCCCCAUCUCCUUGACUACCUUGGGCGUGAACCUGUAUCAUUGAUGACCCAGAGAAUAUGAGUUUGACUGGCAGCUUACAGAGAAUGACUACCUUUUUCAGGGACAUCAUGGUCUCCUGUGAUACUUGUGAGAUGUUUUUCCAGCUUCCACAUCACAAACUUGAGAACUAUCUGUCGCACGUUGCUUUGGCUUGUCUGAUAAUCAAGGCCUUAUAUAUAUUUUUUAAUGUUUACUUUUGAGAGUGAGAGAGAUAGCACACAAGCAGGGGAGGGGCUAAGAGA